GAAAUCUGACGUUUACAGCGCUGUUUUCUCAGCGGACACGAGGAAAUGUGGGUGUACACACUAGUUGUGCUGUGUGGCUUUGCUGUGCCUCAGCUCAGAUGAGCUCACACAGCCGAUGAACACAGGAUACUACCAACGUGAGAAGGCGUAAGGACACCGAGCGGCAGCCUGAUAGUCAGUGGGAAGUGUGUAAGCUUUUGCGCAAAGACUGUCGACUUCCCUCAGCACUAAGUAGUCAGGGAGAAGGACUUAUAAUCUUGUGUUUAUUUGCAUUACGUUGGAGAGACUCGGUGGAUUUGCAGGUUUUCUCUAUGAAUGAGAAUGCACUCUUUUCAUCGCAGAUCGGACUGGAAUUUAGACUCCGAGGCUUAUUAGAAGAAACCUGUACUUUCAACACUCUGCUGUUCGUUGUUUUUUUUUCUUCUUCUUCUUUUUCCCUUCUUCAAAAAAUGCCAGGAUUCCAUCAUACUCUGUCCAUUUAAAGCCGCGCUGUUCACCUGGAAGAGCGCCAGACCUUCAGUCUUUCAAAUAUGCAAGUUCCGACCAAUAAAUUGUGACAUUGACUGUCAUCUGUGGAGUAAGAAAUCAAUACUCAAGAAAAGAGGCAAGAUACCCCCUGACCCUUCCAGCGAGCAUUCACCCCCUCAGCCAUCCUGGUAAAUAUGCACUUUGGUUGAAUUAGGAUGGUUUGGUCCAGCUCGGGGCUUUUUUAGCUGGAGCUGCGCUGAUGGGAACUGAUUCUUACUGCUGAUUUUGUCCAUGCAAGACUCGGGGUGGAAACAUGUCUGGCCACUUCUCUGAGAGGAUCGCUGCUAUCAGAGAUGGCAUUUUGGUCCAGCACUUCGGUUUUCAAGUCUAAAGUGCCCCGGAAAAUCUUAUUCAUGUUCACCCUCUCCCUUUCUGUCACCUACUUGUUCUACAGCUUGAUGAGCUGCUACAACUCGCUGCAGUUCCCGCUGCAGGAGAACUAUGUGUUUCAAGGCAGGCUGGUGACAGAGGAUACAACUUUUGUGACACUGAGGGAGAAACUUUACUCGGCUUCUCCGGGCUUCACGGAAUUCACACCGGCUGAGGUAACAACCUCGGCUCCAACUGUUGGAGAGCACAAUGAGGCCGAACAAAGGACUGUGGAGUGGACCAGGACGCAGGCGUCUCCAACUAAAUCUGCGGCGGCGUUUCGCCCCACCGCGCCGGAGAAGGUGCAUCAGGAGAUCAGCACCACGGACAGCGAACUCAGGGUGAACUGCACCUCGGAUUACGGGGAGAAGAAACUUCCUCAAGCCAUUAUAAUCGGGGUGAAGAAAGGGGGGACCCGAGCCCUGCUGGAGGCUCUCAGGGUGCACCCAGACGUGAGAGCCGUUGGAAAUGAGCCACAUUUCUUUGACAGGAACUACGAGAAAGGAUUGGACUGGUACAGAGACCUGAUGCCUUCUACGCUGGAGGGGCAGAUCACCAUGGAGAAGACACCUAGCUACUUUGUGACUAACCAUGCCCCCAAGCGCAUCCACUCCAUGGCCAAGGACAUCAAGCUUAUUAUUGUUGUGCGUAAUCCUGUCACUAGAGCCAUUUCAGACUAUACACAGACCUUAUCUAAAAAACCUGAGAUUCCCACCUUUGAGGUUCUAGCUUUUAAGAACCGGACGCUUGGGCUAAUAGAUGCUUCCUGGAGCGCUUUGCGUAUAGGAAUAUAUGCACUUCACCUGGAAAGCUGGAUGCAGUACUUCCCUCUUUCCCAAAUGCACUUCGUAAGUGGGGAGAGGCUGAUUGUGGACCCUGCUGGAGAAAUGGCCAAAGUGCAGGACUUUCUGGGACUGAAACGGAUUGUCACAGAUAAACACUUCUACUUCAACAAAACUAAGGGAUUUCCUUGUCUAAAAAAGCCAGAGGACAGCAGCACCCCAAGGUGCCUUGGCAAGUCCAAAGGAAGAACUCACCCGAAAAUUGAGCCAGAUGUGAUUCGGCGGCUACACAAGUUCUACAAACCCUUUAACAUGAUGUUCUACCAAAUGACUGGCCAGAACUUUGAAUGGGAGCUGGAGGAGGACAGUGUUUCCCGUAGCUCUCAGGACUAGCAUGGCAGUGCUGAGCCACACUACCAGCCUUUUCACUCAAACAAUCUUUUUUCCAGCUUCAUCUUAAGAGAGUAACUGAGCGCCCCAAUCAAUCAUGGCUCUCCUUGUUGUGUGUUUAUCCAUUUAAAAGGGUUUACUGACAUGCUUUUUCUUGAAGAUGGCAAAUGGUUAUUGUGUAUACUAAAUAUAAAGUAUAUUUAUAUUUGUGAAUAUGAGAUGAUUUAUUCGUAUGGAUUUCAAAGCAUAGAAUUCAUAAAAAUCACAUUGACAAUGGCAAUGCAUGUGAUGAGUUAAGUGUCCUUACCUCAUAAGCCCUAAGGGUAAAUUCUGCCCAUUUCUUCUCCCUUUACUUUCCUGUUGUUGGUUGCCCUCACACCCACUCACCAGCAUCCAGCACAAAAAAGAUAUUCUAUUUCAACUACCAAGGCCAUGGAGUGCUCUGUAUUAUUUCUUUCAAUGUGGUCUUGCUCCUUUGGAAGAGUGAAAGGCAAACAUAUAAAUUAUUAUUAUACUCUAACAUGAGUUUAUCCUUUAUGUUGUCCAUAUUCUUAUUUGAGACAAUCCUUUUAAGUUACCAAAGUGUUCAUCUGUUACUGCUCCGGUUGCUCAGCAAUUUCUGAUUGCACAAAAAUAAAAAACUGAAUAGCUAACAUACAGAACAUUGGCUAUCAUUCAACUGUUGCAUUUUUUUUUUACCGCAAAGCUAACCAUUAGUAUACUAAGUAAGUAAACAUUUAUUUGUAUAGCAUAUUUUAGCAGCAAGGCAGCUCAAAGUGCUUUACAUCACACAAAAUUCGAACAAAUGCGCAGUAAAAUUAUUACUCAUUAUUUGUAUACAGAGAGCCAUACAUUACGCAUAUUACAGUUUUCCAGUUUUGAUUUCAUGAAUAUGUCCUUAUGUUUCUUGUGUGAUAACAAUUCUCCUUAUGUACAUGAAUUUUAGCCCUAAAGAACAUAGCCAAAUUACCAUCUAAUUGCUAUGUUUCUAUUUUCCUCAUGACCCUUUUGUCACAGUAAUACAUGUCAACAAAGGGGAAGAACAACACCGCAGGUCCAAGCAGGAGUUUGUUACUAAACAUCUGCUGCAGCACGGUCCUCUGUCAUUAGAGAUUAAUGGUGUGUUAAAUAAACUGCUGCUGCUGGAAUAAAGUCAAUGUCAGACAGAAUUUGCUGUCAAGGUAAAGCCACAUACAGGCCCAGGUAAAUUGCCAAGCCAUUACUGUAUGUGCUUAACUUGAACGGGACCGCUUCUGUCCGGUUAAAUGUGGUGUAACACGAAGUUUAUCAGCAAAGAUGUGAUCAACAGGGUUUUGCUGUGAAAUUAGCCAUUUGCUCAAGCAAUGAAGCACCACGAUCAAUCAUCUUAUUUUUCUGUUUUGAAUAACUCGUUGUGUGUCUGUGCUUUGUCUCUGGACUUUACAUCAAUUGAGACAAUCAAUACAGUCAAAGCAUCAAUAAAUA